AUGGGGGCGAGGUGAGUAUUUUAAGUAACAACUGAACAUUAACUGCAAAGGAUCGCAAACAAAAAGGAUACGAUCUACAGCAGAUCCGGUCAGCAAAAAAUAUACCUAAUGAACACAUUUCAAAGUUUUCAAAGCUGAUUGCAAAUGACGUUUUUAAGUAAUUUAGCGCUUUUUCAACGAUGAACGCUUAAAAGUAGGUCAUCUUGUAUUUCAGUCACCUGCUUCAGUGAUUCGAGUUGUAAGCAAGAUGUAACUGCUAUGUUUUUCCCUCUUUUUCUUCUUCUUCUUCUUCUUCUUCCUCUUCUAGUGGUGCCGGGAAGUCCACCUUAAUGAACGUGUUGGCGCAACGAAAUAUCGGCCAAAUGGAUGUCACGGGAACCGUGUUGUUGAAUGAUUGUCCUAUUACAUCGGAGAUGACUUCGAUGUCUGCAUAUAUUCAACAAGAAGACCUUUUUGUGGGAACUUUAACUGUAAGGGAACAUCUUACUUUUCAGGUGAGUGAUUUAAAGUGCUAUACGAUUUCUUUUGAAAUCCAAAGAUGGCAUCUUCCAACUGUUUGAAUUAUAGUUCUCUUAAUAAUAAAAGGAAUUAGGAACAACUUGUAAACAACUAGUAAACAAUUAUUGGAUGAGGUUGAGCAUGAUAUCAUGAAUUAUCAAAACCGAGGUCUGUGUUAUCUGCCUCAGCCUUCGGCUUCGGCAGAUAAUACAGACACGAGGUUUUGAUAAUUCAUGAUAUCAUGCGAAAACCGAAUUCAAUAAUUGUUUUAUUAUACAUUUUUUAAGCAAUAGGCAAAAGAAGACAUUCAGCCAUUCUGUUUCUGCGGAGAACACUCCAAGGGGCUUGGUAACCAGGCAGACGUUGAACUUGACAUGAUAAAUGCAAUAUCUGCAGCAGAUAUUGCAUUUAUCAUGUCAAGUUUACAAGCUAUUGUGAAUUGAUUGAAUGCUCUCGAAUGAAUGUUCUCAACAGAACACUUCCGUCUUAUGCAGUGCCAAGAACCACUUGUUGCUUCCGAGUGGGAAUGGAGAUCCCUGAUGAUGGUGUCAGUGAUAAAGAUAGUAAACGUAUGCAACAGGACGGGGUAAAAAAGAGGAAGGCAAAAUUGUGUGAUAUGCCGCGUGACAAUAUUUUGUUUGAAAAACAUUUCCUCCAAGUUUCACUUUCCUUUAAACAGAUCUUUUCGUAAAAGACCAUUGUAGUACUGCAUAUAUGCUGUAUACUUCUGUAAUUUCGUAAUCUUCCUAAUAAACCUGAUGAAGACUGGUAUUGGCCAGUCGAAGUACUUAUCGUAACUGCAGUCUUUUCACGUUGUUUCAUCAGUCCUUGCGGUUUUCUUUUUGACCGUUUAAACGAGGAAAAAUAGACGCGUCUUACAUAGGACGCGUCCUAAAUAAGACUCAAACUAUCCCGUAUAAACGGCACAUUUCGUUUGAAAUUUAUCGAAGACGCGUCUUAUCUAAGAACAGCCCCUCACACCUGUUCUUCGACAAGACGCGUCUUUUGUAAGUCGCGUCUUAAUGUGCCCUUUAAACGGGAUGGUUUGCGUCUUAUUUAGGACGCGUCUAACGAAAAGCGCGUCUUAUUUUUCCUCGUAUAUUUUAUUUAUACUUUUUAUUAAUUUCAGGACUGAUCGCGAUCGUUUUGAUCCAACGUUGAGCAAGUUUGAUCGUACAAGGUUUUUUUGCAGUGGUCUUGCACCUUAACGUUUCAUCUGGGGAAAUUAAAGUACGACAAAACACGCAUGUAAUAGCCCUUUGAGGUUUUUCACACGCCAACUUCUUGCCGUCCUGUUGCGUAAGCUCACUAAUUUUGUCAUGAUAAAAACAGUGAUGAUGAUGAUGAUUAUGAUCCUGAUGAUAAAAACGAUGAUGGUGGUUACGAUGAGGACGGUACUAAUUAUAAUGAUGACACCUUACUCAUGUUCUGAUUCAUUCUGUUUCUGAAGGCUUCCCUGCGUAUGGGCGGACAUGUUUCCCGUGAACAACGGAUUGCACGAGUCCAGGAAGUGAUAAUUCAGGUAACAAAACACAAAAAGUAUCUUUUGUCGGGGAGGAUAUUCAAGAAUAGUAAUGACGACAAUGGGGUGCGAAUAGGGCCAAUAGGCCAUUUCCGAGUUCCCCUGGGCCUCGGUUUCAAAACGAGGGUAGGUGCUCAGCCUUUGAUAGGGAAAUCAUUUUUCAUUCUCAUGCAAAUAAAACUCAUUUUCUCAAGAAAGGUUGUGUACCUAGCCUCAUUUUGAAAGUGAGGGUUUUUGGAACUCGGAAGUGGCCUAUUUGUUAGUUUCCAUCAGCCAAGGAACGUAAUCCAAAAGUGUCAUUUUGUCCAAGCAUAAAAAUCAGUCAAAAAGUAUCUACCAAGAAUACAACCUAAGAAGACGUAAGAGCCUCACUCUUACCUACCCUUUCACACUCAUGGGAUGCCUUCUUUCAAUCUACUUCGCAUCCAUUCCACCGUUUGGAGUGCCAACGACAAUCGAUGGAGCAGGGUCGUUGUUUCAUGCAGAGUUCUAAUUUGUUUCACUUGUGCUUCUUUUAAAGUUUGGUCUGACUAAAUGCGCUGAUACUUUCAUUGGAAUACCAGGACGGCUGCAAGGAAUUUCGGGCGGAGAAAAGAGAAGGCUCUCGUUUGCUUCAGAGGUAUCAGUUUCUUUACCAAGUAUAGUUUCAAUUCAAGAGUAGACUAUUUAACUUUCGAGAGAUGGGGUUGGGGGAGGUGUUGGGGGCGGUUUGGCUGAUUUAGUUCGGACAAGACAACUAAGAGUCCUGUAAGACUGUGCCAGCACUUCUUCCUCUUAGAGUCUUUGGGUGCCUUUAAAUUUCAGCAGUAGCGAAUCUAGCGGAGGCGCCCAGGGACUGGUAGGCGCUGGGGCGACUGGGUAUUGGCACUCAGGCAAUGUGCCGAGCACUAAAUGUGAACGGUUUUUGGAACUUCAUCUUUAAUUUUGUACAUCAGAUCAUUACAGACCCGCCCUUGCUGUUCGCCGAUGAACUAACUUCCGGUCUUGAUUCGUUCAUGGCGCAGAAUUUGGUUGCAACAAUGCAGCAGCUUGCUGAUCAAGGAAGGACAAUCAUUUGCACCAUUCAUCAGCCUUCCUCUGAAGUGUACGCCAUGUUUCACAGGUACAAUACGUCGAGAUGUAAAAAGAGGACAAGAUGCAAUAACUUAUACCAAGUUAUCAUAACUAAUUAAGUCAACGAAUUUUCUUUAAGAGAGGCUCCGCCCCAAGUUUCAGACCUUUGCUAUUUUUAAUACCAUUUUUGACCAAAAGGGUAUCCAUUUCGUGUACCUUCUAUUAAUAAAAAGGAACAAUGUACUGAAUAAUGUAGACUAAAUCGCUAAAACCGAAAGUCUUAAUGUUAAUAAGUUUGACGGUUAAUAAAUUGAAAUUAUAUAGCAAGAAGGGGCGUCGUUUGGAAGCAUUGAAAGUAAAGGACCUUUAAAGUACUUUCUACCCUUUCAUAUACGUGAACUUGCGAAUCCCUACCUUUUGGUAUAACUCGAAACUGAUGCACCCUUUUCGGGUGGAUACUCCCCUUAUAUCCCCGCCAUUAUAAGGAGUGUCCCCUCUCUACCCUGGAAAUCAAGUAUGCUUACACAGGAGUGUGUGUCUUACAUAAGUAAGUAGAAGAUAUUCUGACUGUCUGUAUUCCACUUAAGUUUAUUGACUUGGUCUUAAUUGUGUCACUUUCACACUUCCUAAUGUUUUACUAUUUUCUUUCUUUUUUUUUCUUUUUUUUUAAUUUUAGUAUUUUGAUGCUGGCUGAAGGUAGAAUUGCCUUCAUGGGAUCCACGGAAAAAGCCAUCGACUAUUUUAAAUGGUACUCAACAAACAGAGUUCUUAUAUGUUGAACGUUAUCCCCGUAAAAGUUUUAUUCGUGGGUUUUGCCAUGUUUAAGUUUCGUACUGUUCUCGUUGAAUAUCGAAAACGUAUAGUCACUUUUAAAUGUAAAUUGAAUACAGGUUAAAUGUGUCACAUUGACAGAGAACUUAUAUUCUCGUGGUAAAUUAGUAAAAUAAUUUAUAUUCAUGUAAGUAUGUUUUAGUAAGCGAGUAAGAUGCCUGUUUUUGCUAUUUUAGUAGCAUUCUUUUGGAAGAAAAGGAAUAUAAACAAAGUGAAUUUGUUCUUGAUUGUUCGUAAUUAGACUUCAUUACGAACUUUUUGUUUAAAUCAACGGGCAACUUUGUUAUAAUUAACAGUCAAAUAUUGCAAACUUUAAUCUUUUUUUCCGUUAUACGUCUAUAGUGUUUGUAGUACUAAAGGUACUUUGUACAAUAUAUGCUAUGAGCACUACAGAAAAAGAAUUGGCCUAUCCAUCGCCUGCUGAUAGGUUGGCCAGUGUAAGCACACAACCCCCCCCAAAAAAAGACAAAAAAAGGAACUUUUUAUUCUUGAAAACCCAGUUUUCCUUUCAUUUUGCGUUGGACUUCAUAUUCUAAUUCCUAGGUACCACAUUACAAAGCCAAAAUCUCAUGGCAUUGCUCUUUUAACUUGUACAUUGCUUUCACUCACAGCUUAGGUUUUCCUUGUCCUGACAAUUUUAACCCAGCUGACUUCUUUGUCCGUACCCUGGCCAUCAAGCCUGGCAAUGAAGAAAACUGCCGCAAGAGAGUUAAGGUUGGAACAGCACUGAUUUUUUUACACAUUGUAUAGUCAUUUUAAGAGUCUGUGUCAUGGCUGGCUACUUCAUUUUGUUCAUAGCGCCAGUUACAGGUCCUUACUUCCUAUAAAACUUUGGUGAAUGAGAAUGAAAUUUUGGUGAAUGACAAAAUCACGCUUUAUGUCUAACAAAUUUGUCUGCCAAGCAUUGUAACAAACGUUACACAUGACAAAAAUGAACUUUGAAAAAGUGUUAGGCUAACAAGCUUUCAAAACCCGCAACUGCAAUCAGUUUCAAUCUUCUUCAAAAGUUUGUCAAUCCAUGCCUUCUUUUGUAUCUGCGGGGUUAUUUAUACCUUCCUUUAAUGUUUCGAGCGGUUUUUUUUUCUUUUUAAUUUUCACUUAAUUUGGUGGCAGUUCCCACAGUCUGAAUUUUGACAAAUUCCGUGGCUCAGAUCCUAUUAUUAUUUGAGAAGACACACGUCGCACUUAAAGCGGCAACGUUUCUUGAAAAAUUCACCCUGAUAAGGUAAACUUGUCGAGGAAAUUAAAAGUUAUCACCGUAAAUGUAUCUUUACAAAUUCAGCCUCUCUGAUACGAAUCUUUCCGAUCCUUAGCUUAUCGAAUAAACAGUGGAUGGAGCUCCCGCCCAGUGUUUGGGAGGUCAUAAAUCCUGUCGGGGACUCAGAUUUCUUCUUUGUCCCAAGCUCGUGGCAUGCUGAUUAUUUCAUCUUCACAUUUGUUUCAUCGAGCUUAAAAUAUUACCAUCUUUCAUUCUUUGACCAAUAACAUUCAUCUUUGACAAAACCGAGGCAUAGUCUAGUUUAGGGGGCGGCCUCCAAGGUAUCUAGGUUUUACACAGUACCUGGGCCAUGUUCUCGAGCUCUUUUAAGUCUUUAAUGUUAGUAGUCAAUCCAUCGAUAAUGCUUAAAGAAAUUCAAAGUGAAAUUCAGUCAAACUUAUGCUUAGAGAGAUUUAAUACAACGAACACAAUCAUCUGUAAAUACUAAACUGUAAGGCCGGAAGCUCUGUCAAUUGCAAACUUUUAAGCUCUCUCAACUGCACAGAAAUUAAGGUCAUAAGUUGUAUCUGUGGCUUCUAUUUUCUACGUACUCUAGUACUUCUCGCAACCUUUCUUUCUAUUUGUUUUUUAAAGCAAAAUAACCAAACCGUCAAGAUGAAGAACAUUAACUGUAGGAGCUCAUGUUGUUCAUAUAAUUAUUAGCUAUCUUCUAAGUUACUUGUUCACUCCAGCAUUUUUUGUUUUGUUUGUUUGUUUUUUUGUUUGUUUUUUGUUUUGGGUUAAAUUCCAGACAAUUUGUGAUGCGUACACUCAAGAAAGUGCCGCAAACGAAACAAAACGUGCUAAAAAAGUUUUACAGGUGAGUAAGACAUAAAUCCGACCAAACUGGUUUUGCAGCACCGAAACUAAAAUGUUACUUUCUCAAAGAGAGAUAUGGAAUUGUUGUGUGGACGGUAAAUAGCCAAGGUGGAAAAGACUGAAAUGGGUAUGCAGACUAGGUUUGAGGUAUAUCGAGAAAGAAUAAAAUGUUUGACACUUUGAGAUAAUACAAAACGCAAUCCAGUGAUAUCUAGCCACAUACAUGUAUGCACGACAAAGGGAGAAGCCGAGAUAUUUAGGACUAAGGUCAUGGGGUUUUUUUGCUACAUGUCUUCUCUCACAAAGCCUGACUCUAACAAAAAUUGCAAAAACAAAAAUUGUGACAGGAGAAGUAUAUUAAUAAACUCUGUGGUAAAAAAAAAAAAACAACAAUGGCAUUGACAAUAGUGAACAGUAUCUAAACAUUUUAUUCCGUAAUGGAGAGAUUUAGAGUUACGUUAAUUCACGGCAAACCAGAAACAUGAAUUUGUACCACGUGACCAAGUUCUCCCUUUACUUGCCGUAAUACGGUAACCACUGCAUUAUAAGUACAAGGAAAUCAGUAUCUUUACGCCAGUUUUAUCCAUAAGAAUUGUUUUGAGCUGUUUUUAUCGAUCAUUUGCUAUUUUGAGAAUUUCUCAACUUGAAUCUGACGUUUGACCGUACGCGUGACUCUGGCUGCCACUUUUUCGUUGCUGAAAAGGAGAAAAACUGUGUCAUUGUACAUCACUCUUUAACACUGAAGAGGACGUACAGUACCGCAAAUGAUCCCCAACCGCAAAUGAUCCCGAGACCGCAAAUGAUCCCCAAAAUGGACCGCAAAUGAUCCUCGACCGCAAGUGAUCCCCAAAGUCGACCGCAAAUGAUCCAGAAAGAAAAAUAGGAAUGACUUGGACUCUAGUUGGCGGAUCAUCGUGUCGAUUUUAUUAUAAUUACAAAACGUCAGAUUAAAAGCUAAAUUUUAUUUCUCAAAUAAAUCUAUGAAUAAAAACUAAAUGAAAAGAAAUCAUUCAAGUGUAAAAACGUCCUACCUGCCUUAAAUUUUUGAAAGAAAAUUGAAGCAAUUGACAAAUGAAGAAGUAUACGGUUAAUACCAUAUCCUUUUCAGAUUUAUUCCAUUUCUUUUUUCGUCUUGUAUAAAUUGACCUGAGAUGUAGCGUCCUCCUUUCCUUUUUCUUUAGAAGGCGAGAGAAAAAGGUUCCUUUUUUAUAAUCAGUCCUUUUCUGUAAUCAGUCCCAUAGAAUCCAUUCCAUUCCAUUCCCCAAGUUUUCACGGGAUCAUUUGCGGUCGACUUUAGGGAUCACUUUUGGUCGACGAUCAUUUGCGGUCCAUUUUGGGGAUCAUAUGCGGUCUCGGGAUCAUUUGCGGUUGGAGAUCAUUUGCGGUACUGUACAGUUGGACCUAAUAAAAAAAAGGCCAAACAAAAAGAAGCAACCAUUAUUACUUUUCUCUAGUGUGUAUACUCUAUCCACUCUUGGUAUACGUAAAGGAUUAGAAAAAACAAACAAACAAUAAAGAUGUAGAGUCCUUGUUCAGUUUUGUCAUCCUAACUGUUGUUUAAUAAGCAUUGCUAGACUUCUGUCAAGCCUAAUCCUCCUGCUAUACUAAUUGAUUUAUUUUUUGUUUGUUUUAGGACUCGUUUUCUGGUAAUGACUAUGCUGUACGUCGCUCACCGUAAGUCGUUCCCAGAAACGUUUAAAACUGCAUAUCCUUCUUCCUGCAGGAUAUUUUGUUUAGAAAUCUCUAAAGCGUAAAGUAGAACACUACACAAACAUUCCUUUUCAGUUCGAGGGCGGAUUUAAGAAAUAAAAUCCACUCUCCCGUUAUGAACCAAGGACAACCCCUCCAACACCACAAGGUCUUAAUGAGGAGGGGACCCCCUUACCAGAAGGUCUCAGAUUCCGCUAAACUGGGAGUGUAAGCAAUAGGGACUUUAACAUCCAACCUGACGACAACGUCAAAAAAACAAAAGGUUUGAUAAGGAAAACAACAACUUUGCACGUGCUUAACGCUUUUUAGUACAUUUAUUCCUGUUUUUACACGACUUCGACGUAAAAAUGCCUAAUUUCGCCUUUUAAGAGGACGUAUACGUAAACAAGCAAAGACGAAAUUUUAUUUCUCUCUCUGAGCUUGGAUUGGGUCACAUGAAAUUCAGCUUCAGGAGGGUUCGCCUACAUUUGAAAAAGUAAAUGGGUAGGAAUAAUCGCUGUAAAGACUAAAAGAACGAAAAUUCACUUUUUAAGCGAAGUUCUCGUUGCCGUCCCUUUCAUGUCUUAACGCUACCAAAUUUUUAUUACUAUUAAAAUACGUUUAUAGGGACGAUUUACCCACAAAUGCAAAUAUCCACUUCCGGUUGACGUGAGCCGCUCAAAAACGUCUUUGCUCAAACUAUUCUGAGUGUAUUCUGCAAUUUUAAAUUGAAAUCUGCGAUGCACCUGCAGUUAAUCGCCCAAAGCGUUUUUAUAAGUCUUUUUAGGGAGCUAUGUCAUAAAAUUUCGUCAAAUUCAUGCACCUCGAACUAGCCAACAAUUUGAUCCACAUAUAAAAAUAAUUAAUCUUAAGUACUUAAUGCAUUUUCAGUUAAAUUAAAGGGUGAGAAAAAAUGCUACAUUAAUACAGACAAUAACAAAACAACAAUCGACGGUGGACAUAUUGUGCUAUUUUUUAGUAGACUUAUUAAUUUUAGUUAAACUAUAAAUACAAGAAAAACAAUACUUUACUAGGAAGAAAAGUAACAUAUAUAAAUAACAAGGAGUUUAGCACUGAUGGAGUCAGUAGUCUGAGAAAGAAAGAAACUACAAAUACAAAGUCGGACAACACGUAAUAUUCACAACGUCCAUAAUACAAGCUUUUCAUAAUUUUAUUUUUUCUAGGUACAAGGUGUCUUGGUUCCAGCAAUUUCGGUCUGUUCUCUGGCGAUCCUGGCUUACAAAUAACCGUGACUUUACAGUCUUCAAAAUGAGAUUUCUUCAGAGUAUAGUAAGUACUCUGCGUUCAUAAACUAUAUUUUGUGUUUGAAAUGAUUAGUCUGAGAAAAACCAGAGCUAGUAGCUUGCAAUUCCCCUUUUUACCUCUUGCAAGUAACUAACUAGACUGAGAUGCAUCCAUUAUGACAGGCAGUCUAUGUUAGCUUGAGAAAACAGCCGAAAUUUCGGGACACCACCACUGGUUUCCCCCAGAAAUUAGGUCUGAGAAAAGAGCGCAGAAAUUCCAUCAUAGCGGAGCUCUCGCGCGCGAAGCGCGCCAGCGGAGCACCAUGGGUAGGAAAAUCAAGAUAUCUACCCAUCCGAGAAAAUUUGGUAAUCACGUGACUGUACACCGACCGACCGACCGCCAGCCCGAUCGUCAGUCUGCACCCCAGGCAUACCAAUGUAAAAUAACUCAAUCAACAGGUAUGGCAACCUAAAUGUAACUCGAGGUUAUUUUGGCAGGAAAUCGUAUAGCUACCGGCGUCUUGUAAAGCAAAGACAACUGAAGAGUCAAUAAAGACGAAAACGGAAAGCGGAAACUGUUUCUGUAUCCGUGUUGUCUAAAGUAUUUAGUUUAGAUUAAUUGUCAUGUGCACAAAUUUGGAAUAUAGAGCAGGAGAAAGACCGAGAAAAAGAAAAAGUAGGCGGCAGGCCAGCGAAGCUCAACGAGAAAAAGGGCGACAGAGCUGGAGGUCUAGACCGAGAGAUAAAAAACAAAUGAGACAUUUUUUUGUUGGAAGAACAACAUGAAAAUUUUCUAGCGGAGGUGACAAAAUGGGAAAUGUUAGCGGCCACCAAUGCAAGGUGGAAAUGAGCGGCAGUAAAAAAAAAUGAACGAGAACACGUACGACAUUUCCUCAAUAAAACGUGUAACUAAGAAGUUUCUGCAAGUUUCACCUUGUAGUCUGGCAAAACAACGGCAAAGAAAUGUACAAAAAAAGUGUGCUGCAGUUGCAAAGUUGCUUUUUUGCUAAUUAGACCUAUUGUUGUUUUUCACCAUUCUCCGGCGUUGCCUUCGCCGCUUAACAUUACACGAUUUUACAUUUUGUUUGAACAAACUAUAAAUAUUAUCGGGAGUUUCGCUUUUAGCCCUGGCUAAAUCUAUAUAUUAUUGAUGACUUGAAGGUAUCUCAAGAAAGAAAUCCUUUCCUGAAAUAACAAAGGAAUAUUUCGCGUGAAGAGUAGCCGUUCUUCGCUCUCUAUUUGAUUUCUGUAUGCAGUUAUUUAGAGUUGUUUUGCAACAGGGGUUAGGAAUUGGUUUUUCUGCUGUUAACAUAAUGCUUUCAAAAAUCUCCCUAAGACGAAUCAAAAAUGAAGCAAAAGUCAGGUGGAUUUUAGAAUCAUUUGGAGUGAUUUGUUAAAAAUUUUACAAGCAACCUUGAGCCGUCAAGUUUGGCGAGGAUUUCACCUUUAUACAUUGACGUUGUCCAGCGUUGCCCAAAUUGGACUUGAGUACAAAUGUACAUAUGAAAGUGAAUAGAGAUUCCCUUUUUUUUUUGAGACCAGUCUAUCUAAGAGAAGUGUUUGCCUAAGAGAGGUACGGUCAGUACGGAGAGAGACCAGGCUUCAGUUAAUCCUAAUGAUAUCUCGCCUAAGUUUUCCACGCAUCAUUUCUUAUGUGGCUGGCUGUAACUGUUAAACCAUUUUAAGUUUGCAGGACUUAUGACUGGACUCUUUUUCUUUCAAUCAUGCGAUGGUCAGGAUGGCAUUUAUAACGUCUUUGGUGUAAUGUUCUACCUUAUUACGUCGACUUCAUACAUUCAGGUCUACUCAGUCGUAUUUGUAAGUACAGUCAAACUUCUUUAAUACGGACACCAAAGGGACAGAACCAACUGUCCGUUUUACAGAGGUGUCCGUAUUGUAGAGGUAGGGAAUGUAUGAUUUUUGGCAUUUUUGGGACCAAACGAACUGUUCGAAAUAGAGAGGUGCCCGUAUCAUAGAGGUGUCCGUAAGGAGAGGUUAGACUGUACAGUCUAACCUCGUGGGGAGUUUAUUGUCUUUUAGAAAGACAUGUACUGCAGCUAUACAUGAAGCUAUACCAUUGUCCCUACUUUUUCUUUAUACGAGACUAGAUAUGUCACCAAAACAUUUCGACGGUAAGGAGCUCCCUCAAUGAUUUCGUUGUUUGCAAUUUAUACUUUACAAGUAUGUUAACAUUGUAUUUCGCAUUAGGUAUUUUAAGAUGUGAAAAAGGAUCACUUGGAAUACGUACAUCCCAUAGUAACUUAAAACAAUCUCAAUGAGGUGUUUUAUUCUAGAAUUACCACAAUACAGCAUAUCUCUACUUGUUUUUUCUUUUGACCAGACAUUUCCAGAGGAGCGAAGAGUAUUUUUAAGAGAUAACCAUAGUGGGAUGUAUCGAACGGAUAUUUACUUCCUUUGCAAAACCUUUGCUCAGGUAAGCGUCAGAUAUGUUCCAGACACACCACUUAUUUUUCAAAAAAUAACUAGGAUAGUGCGUGCGCUCUGAUUGGCCGAGAGGCGUGUUUGCGUGAGAGUAUAUGUAAUAAUGGUUGUGACGUCAAGAUGUUUUGCUUUACUCGCGAUAAUCACGCAAGCACGAAUUUGAAAACGUUUUUGAGUUGAAAACUGGACAAGUUUACUUUAUUUACCCAUUCCCUCGUCUGCUGAAACUUGGAAAAUCUUUACAAACAUGCUGUGUCAAUUUUUUUCGCUUAAGCUGACAUUUUAAGCGAGAAAAAUCCGUAUUUUGGAAAGCAGCUUUUUUGCAAGACAAGAACUGAUUACGCGUGCAAGACUACGUGUACAAGACUUCGCCACUUGUAAGAAUUUCUCUUUUAAUCAGUCCCAUAACAAAGAAUUUUUUUGUUUUUUCUCGGAAAAGUUGAUUUAUAAAAGCAAUAGAAAACUUUUUUUCUGUAUUUACAUAGCCUGAUAUAAACACUCGACAGUAGUUAUGCAAACCCUCGACUUCGUCUCGGAUUUGCAUAACUGUCUCGAAUUCUCCCAACCCCUCUCCUGUUUAUAUCUUGCUAUGCAAACACUGAAAACGUUUUCUGUUGCUUAAAAAAAUCACUAGAAAUCGUGGAAGCGAUUUUGUCAGUACUUAAAUUGUUCGGCCAAUUUAAAGCGUACAGUUCGAAAACAUGAACAAUUAACAAAAAUCACACUAUCCUGCCCUGUUGGUAUUUUUAAGAUUUAGGGUUAUAUAUUUAAAUCAAACUGGUGUUCGUCACCAAAUCCUCGGUGGUGUAGGGGUUAGAGUGAUGCACUCUAGAUCGGAGGCUCCGGACACGCGUGAAAAACGCAGUGCGCAUGCGUGCCUUCCCUGCUUCCGGCGCGAAUUUGCAUGUGCCUCCCCCAAUCGAAAUUAUACCCGAUACCAAAAUAAACUAGAUUCCGGCCGCGAAAUUCAAAAAAGUAAGCUCCACACACAAAAGAUAAGCUUAGAAUUUCACGAACACAAAGUUUAUUAAUUUCUUUAGUUUCUCUCUUUUGCACCACAUACUUUUCUCCUUGCACCAAAGGCGAAAAUCAUGUUUGAAAGUCCACGCUCGCUCUGGUAGCAUUCGCCGUAGCCAUUGUGGCUGUUUUGGUCAUCAUGUCGCUGAGCUCGGUCAAUGCGAACAACGAAAACGACCAAUGCAUGCCAAGUGGAAAAACAAGGACGGAAAAACCUUGUACUGGACGACUUUACCAGUUAGUUAAUUUAGUUUAAGUAAUUUCUUGUUGUGCUUAAUACUAGAACCGUUUGCAAACCAUUAAACAUAUCAAACAUUCCUAAGUGUUUUUCAAUUUAAAUAGGGAAGAUUUUGCAAAUUUUAAUUAUUGAAAAUAGAGACCUUGCGCAUGCGCAUACGUUUUGCACGCGUGUCGAGGCUCCGAGUUCGAAUCCGACUCAUUCUAUCCUGAAUUGUUUUUUUCCUUAAAAAUUGAAGACACUUUGACUUUUAUGAACAGUUCAUCAAGAAAUUUCAGAUAAGGAAAGUAAAAUCUCUUGUGAGAGGAGGAUGUUAGUUUGGUGGAUGGAAUCAAGUGACGACCUUUUGGAACACAAAUUUAUGGCCACCGUUACAUCAUAUGAAAACUCUCUACAUUGUGUUGCAAGCUACUGUACUUUGUAAAGAUUUUAAUGCCGGCCAUCUAACAAUUCAUAGGUACCUCAAUUUGUUUUUGGCCCUCUUUUGAUGAUUGCUAUUGAAUACUGGAUGGCAGGUAGGUUGAUACAGAAUCCCUUCAUUAUGUUUUAGACACUAAUUAUCCCGGCCACUUUUAACUUGCUGUAAGUUAUUGUUGUUGGUUUGUUUGCCUUUUCUUUAAGAGCUAAACAGCUGGUCUUUAGACAUAAGAAACUCUCCAAGCAGAAUACUGCAAUGAUGAUCGUACUACGUGAAAAUUAACUCUGCAAGACAUCAACACGACACCGAAAGAACUCAAAACAGAGCGGGAUUGUAGCCAUAGACAGCUGUUUCGCCUUAUUCGGGAUUGUAGUCAUAGACAGCUGUUUCGCCCUAUUUGGGGCUCGUCAGUAUGGCGUAACAACCAGAGAAAACUCUGAUGAAAAAUAUCCGCGCACUCUGAUUUUAAGCCCUGACCCAGAACUUCUCAACACCCACAGAAUCACGCCAUACCACGUGUCUUCUGGGGGGCAAAAGUCCAAGCGUCAAGUUGAUGUCUCGCAGAGAAAAUAAAAAAAUUGGCUAAAACCAACCUAAAAACAUGGACAAAACCAUGCAAGAGUUACAGCAUAUGGGAUCUUUAUUAAUCACCACCUUCAGAAAAAAAAUGUAUAGUAAAUUGACUUCGAACCGUUAUUUUAUUUGACAUCUUUUAUUAAGCUUCCUAGGUUCACUUUAUUCGAAAUUUGCAAUUUGUAGGUUUGAGGGCCGAUCCUGUAAGGUUUCUCUUCGCUUACGGAAUACUUGUCUUGGUCAGUAUGGCCUCUGUUUCCUACAGUAAGUAUGUUUUACGCAUUAUGGUCUUGAGGGAAAUACAGUAAUAGGUGUAGAAACAUUGCUGUUUUCUCUAUGAAAUGUAAAAGCUAUAAACAUUUCUUGCGGCUGAAAAAAGUGUUUGUUGGGGUUUACGAUAUAUUUUACUUCAUAUUGUUAACAGCAAAGUGUCCUGGAGUUUGCUAAUCCGGACCUAUACCUUUCACAGUGUCGUACUUAAGGCUCAACCAAAUAUCCCUACCAACAAAAAAAGUUCAGUUAAACUAAAGUUAGUAUAUAGUAGGAAAUUAUAAUCAGUGUUGGGCAACUGGGAGAAAAGGAAUUAGCUUACGCUAAGUAAUUUCAUGUAAAAAAAAGCAGCCUCUAUAUAGAAAAUAAUCUUAACCGUUAAGAUAUUUUUUACUAGACAUUUCUGCUGGAGAUUUCUCUAGUAAAGACAUGAGAUAUCAAUAUUUCUACGUCGUGAAUUUAAUAACUGGAUGCAUGGAAGAGAACAAUAUAACAAGUUUACGCGGUUAGUCGCAAUAGGCCCUUUCAAGUUGGUAAGUCAGUUGAUAAGGAAAAUACAGAGCUCACAUCAUUUAUAAUGGUCAUUUUCAAGUAUCCUAAGCAUAGUGUUUUUGUACAAUGUUACUGACCUCGCCUGUGAAGGCCCUAUUGCUGCAAAGCUAUCUUUUAUCUCUUUUAGCAUACGUCAUCUCGGCUUUUGCGCCAACCUCCUCAGCAUCUAUUGCUAUCAUCGAGCCCAUGGUUCUACCAUUCUUACUUCUGGGAGGAUUCUUCAAGGACAACACGUGAGUCUAUCUCUUUUACGUCCUGUUAAUUUGAGGUAACGGAGGAUUUAUACCUGCAAAUUUUGCCGUGACUUCGUUGCUCUUAGUUUCCACUGCUAAUUUUGCUGCAAGCCUUUUGAUUGAUUUAUCGUACUUUUAAUUACACGUUGCAAAAUAAUUUUACUCAUAAUAGUUACUUGUAACUUGUAAAAUCAUCUUAUGUAACAAUCGGUUAGGGUCAAAUAUUUUUUUAAUAUGUCAUAUUGGCAAUUAUAUAUGCAGAACUUUACCAUGGUGGUUAAGAAUUGUGCAAUUUUUUUCCUGGUGA